AUCCUUAAAGGUUGUAUCUUGCAUCGUCUUGUAGGUCUUUAACUGCAGGAAGAAGCUGGCUGACGCCGGCAUCCCGAUGCUAUCCGAGGAAUACUCCAAGGCCAUCACCCUGGCGGGCCGCACCAAGAACGUCGGCCUGGCAACGGAGCUCUUCUCUGACGCCAUAGAUGCCGGCCUCCGCAACGCCUGCCUCUACAAUGCCCUCAUGUCUGCUUAUAUGUAUAGUGGCCUCACCAAGAAAGCCGUCUCAGUUUUCGAGGAUCUGAAGCAGGACUUCAAUUGCAAGCCAACCAUUGUCACCUAUAACAUUCUCCUUUCGGUAUUUGGCCGCUCCUUGCUCGUGGACCAUAUGGAGACUGUCCUCCAAGCAAUUGAUGAUUCGGACCUUUCCUACACCAUCACCACCUACAACACUGCCAUUGCCGCAUAUGUUACGGCCUGGAUGUGGGAUAAAAUGGAGAGGAUGUACCAAUCGAUGGUGGAGGGACCAAUCAAGCCUGACGCUGAAACCCUCCUCCUGAUGUUAAGAGGUUAUGCCCACUCAAGCAAUCUAGAGAAGAUGGAAAAGACUUAUGAUCAAAUAAAGGAGAUGAUUAACAAUAGGCAGACACCUUUGAUUCGGACAAUGAUAUAUGCUUAUACUAAGAGCUGUCACCCUGAUCGAGUCAGAAAGGUGGAGGCCUUGAUGAAGUUGAUUCCAGGGGAUGAGUAUAGACAUUGUCUCAAUGUACAUUUGAUCAGGAUGUAUGCACAGGAAGGCUUAACUGAGGCGAUGGAAGGACUAAUAUCCGAGGCAUUCCAGCACAACACUGUUGUAACUACAGUGGGGGUGAUGCGUUCCAUCAUAUCGAGUUACUUCAAAAGUAAUGCAGUGGACCGGCUAGCUGGGUUCAUUAGACAGGCAGAGAAUGCAGGGUGGCGGCUUUGCCGGUCAUUGUACCAUUGCAAGAUGGUGAUGUAUGGACAGCAGAAUCGCUUGGAGGAGAUGCAUGGGGUUCUGGAUGAGAUGGAGAAUUUUAGAUUUGGUCGAACGAAGAAAACCUUUUUCAUUUUGUACAAGGGAUAUUCCAACAUAGGUAGGAGAUUAGAGGCAGAGACAGUCAUUGGGAUGAUGUGGAAGCGUGGCUAUGGAAAUCCCGAGGAUGCGUGUGUGUCGUAAAAUUUUAAGUGGAUGCUGCAUAUGGAAUUAUUAGAUUAUGGUCGACAUAUGCCAGAUGAUUUCCAAAAUUAUGAAGGCCUACCUUUUCUCUAGCAAAUUGACGACAGAUUACAGAUGGAAUUAUUUAAACUAACAAUUAACAACUGAAUGGCUGAUCAUUAAGUUCCAUGGCUUUUGAUAUUGAGAUAUUACUC